AUGCGAUCCAAAGCGGUCGCAACGCUUUCGAACACACUACCCAGGUUCGGGAGGCAAUUCUCGACGUCCAGACAUGUGAGCGCCGAGUUUACGCAUGUCGUGAUUGGCGCAGGAGUGGUUGGCCUCGCUAUAGCUCGGCAGCUGGCUGGUAGAGAAGGCGCUUCCACUCUUCUACUCGAAAGACAUAGCGCGGUGGGCACGGAGACAAGCAGUCGGAAUUCAGAGGUCAUUCACGCCGGUCUCUACUAUGGCACGGAUACCCUGAAGACAACGCUUUGCAUUAAAGGCAAAGAGCUCCUCUACUCCCUGUGCAAAAGACACAACAUUCCCCACCGCCGCACCGGGAAAUGGAUCCUCGCCCAGGACGACCAGCAAUGGGCUGAAUGCCUCAAACUGCAUUCCCACGCACAGCACAUAGGCGUACCUACGCGCUUCGUUGGCCGUGAGGAAGCGAGAAGGAGAGAACCCGAUGUGCGAGCACGCGCAGGAAUAGUGGAAUCCCCAACGACUGGCAUAGUGGAUAGCCAUGCCCUGAUGACAUUUUUACACGGUGAUUUUGAGGACCGGGGCGGUGACUGCGUGCUCCAGACUACAGUUCGGAAUAUCCAGCCGCUAGAUGGAGGGGAAAGUGGUUAUAGGAUAUAUACGACGUCUGCAGAUGGCGAACAAGAAGGCUCAAUCACGACAGAAACAGUGAUCAACUGUGCAGGGCUUGAGGCAUGCAGGAUAAAUAAUAUGAUACUCCCGAAGGAGAGGCACCGAAAGGCUUAUUUCGCCAAAGGAACUUACUUCUCCUACUCGGCAUCCACGCCUAGACCAGAUAUUCUCUUAUACCCGGCACCGAAACCUGGACUUGGGGGUUUGGGAACACAUUUAACACUGGACAUGGCCGGGCGUGUACGGUUCGGGCCUGAUGUGGAAUGGGUGAAUGAUCAAAAUGACCUCAAACCCAGUCCGGCACGACUACGAGAUGCUAUUCCGGAAAUCCAGGAGUUUUUGCUCGGUAUCAAAGUUGAGGAUAUAGGUGUGGAUUAUUGUGGGAUUCGACCCAAACUAUCCAAUCUGGCCUCGGUGUCCAAGGGAAAGGGAUUCCAGGAUUUCAUAAUUCAAGAGGAAGAAGGCUUUUCCGGGUUUAUCAACCUGCUUGGGAUCGAGAGCCCCGGGUUGACAAGUAGUUUGGCGAUUGGGGAGAUGGUUGAUGGCCUUUUGUAUAAAUGA